AUGGCUGACCACGCUGAUGAUUUGAUUGAUUAUGAGGAGGAAGAUGAAGUCAUGCAAUCUGAAACUAUCCAAUCUGAACAAUCUGAAAUCAAUGGUCAGGAGGGGAAUGAUGAUAAAAAAGAUAAGAAGGGAAGUUAUGUGGGUAUUCACUCUACUGGAUUCAGAGAUUUUUUAUUGAAACCGGAACUUUUGCGUGCUAUUGUUGACUGCGGUUUUGAACAUCCAAGUGAAGUUCAACAAGAAUGUAUCCCUCAAUCAAUUUUGGGAAUGGAUGUAUUGUGUCAAGCUAAAUCUGGUAUGGGCAAAACAGCAGUAUUUGUUCUUGCAACACUUCAACAAGUAGAACCUACACCAGGAGAAGUAUCUGUUAUUGUACUUUGUCAUACUCGUGAAUUAGCUUUUCAAAUUAGGAGCGAGUAUAGUAGGUUCAGCAAAUAUAUGCCAGAAAUCAAAACUGAUGUCUUCUAUGGAGGUAUUCCAAUCAGAGAGGACUAUAAAAAAUUUUCAAAUAAAGAUACCAUUCCACAUAUUGUGGUAGGAACACCUGGAAGAGUGUUGGCAUUGGUUAAUGAUGGUCAUCUUAAAGUUGGUAGCGUUAAACAUUUUGUGCUUGAUGAAUGUGAUAAAAUGUUGGAUCAAUUAGAUAUGAGAAGAGACGUGCAGGCGAUCUUUCGUAAAACACCUCAUAGUAAACAAGUAAUGAUGUUUAGUGCCACUUUAAGUAAAGAAAUUCGACCAGUAUGUAAAAAGUUUAUGCAAAAUCCGUUAGAAAUUUAUGUUGAUGAUGAAACCAAACUUACAUUACAUGGUCUUCAACAAUAUUACAUUAAACUAACAGAGGCUGCUAAAAACCGGCAAUUGAAUGAUCUUUUAGAUACACUUGAAUUCAAUCAAGUAUGUAUCUUUGUUAAAUCGGUUCAACGUGCCAAUGAAUUAAAUAGACUUUUAUGUGACUGCAAUUUCCCGAGCAUUUGUAUCCAUGGUUCCAUGAAACAAGAAGAAAGGAUUGCAAGAUACAAAUCUUUUAAAGAUUUUCAAAAAAGGAUCAUGGUUGCUACAGAUGUGUUUGGACGAGGAAUUGACAUCGAACGGGUCAAUAUAGUUAUCAACUAUGAUAUGCCUGAUGGCCCUGACAGUUAUCUGCAUAGAGUUGGUCGUGCUGGACGUUUUGGUACCAAAGGAAUUGCAAUUACUUUUGUGGCUAAUCAAGAGGAUGCUGACACUUUAUUCAAAGUUCAAGAAAGAUUCGAGGUGAACAUAACUGAAAUGCCAGCUGAAGUUGAAAUAAAUGAUUAUAUUCAUCAGAAUAUACCUUUAUCAUAUUAUGAUUCAUUGGAUGCUGAUGUAUGGUUAAUGUCACCGCCAUGUCAACCAUACACACGUAUUGGGUUAAAUCAAGGAUCUAAAGAUGUUAGAUCUAAAUCUUUUUUACAUCUAAUCAAUCUAUUAUCGAUCGUGAAGAAACCUCCUAAUUAUCUUUUAAUUGAAAACGUCAAAGGAUUUGAGGAAUCAGAUACAAGGAUCGCACUUUUAGCGCAACUGAAAAAUUGUGAUUAUAAUUAUCAAGAGUUUUUAAUUACUCCAUUACAAUUAGGUAUUCCUAAUUCAAGAUUAAGAUAUUAUUUGUUGGCAAAGAAAAUUCCAUUGAAAUUUAAAUAUUCAAAUCAAUUGCAAGAAACACUUGAUUAUAUACCUUGCUCGCCAUACGAUAAAUCAUUUAAAGAUUCUAGAAAUAUUGAUUCUAUCAAUCUUCCUAAUAAUAUAGAAAUUUCACAAAUCAAAGAAUUCCUGCAAGAUAAUGUUGAUAAUGAAAAGUAUUCUAUUUCUGACAAGAUAUUGUCAACCCAUAUUCAAGAAGAAGCUGUUGUUUCACAAAAGGUGAUAAAUUAUAUAGGAUAUUAUCAUUACGUAGAAGCGACUGGUUCAAUAUUACAAAUGGAUGAUGAUACAAAUUCAUCGUCGAUUUUCAAAACAACGGAAGAAAAAACUUUAUCAACGAAUAAUUAUUAUAAUGCAAAUCACCUUUCUUCUUCCACUCAGAUAAAUCUUCGUUACUUUACCGAAUAUGAAAUUUCUAGAAUAAUGGGAUUUCCAAAUUCAUUUCGAUUUCCAGAUAAUGUUACAUUAAAACAACGUUAUAGAGUGUUGGGAAAUAGCAUUAAUGUUAAAGUUGUAUCAGAGUUAAUCAAAUAUUUGUUUUUAGAAUAA